AGAUAUUGUUAUUUAAGAGAUACCCUUUAUAUUAGAUCAGCUGAUAUCAGAUUAGCAGUCGCAUUGGAUUAUACGAUUAAGGUCUUUUAGGACUACUUCACUAUGGCCAUUGUUAACUGAUAGGAACGGCUUGCACCAUACAACCAAAAAGUUAGGUACCUAAGUUAGACGGCGCAAGCUUUUUUGCAUCCUCAGCUAGCGAUACAUCACAAAAGUCACCACCUAUCAUGUAGGUCCAUGAUGUAAGAGCAUUGAAAGCCACAUGUCUGGUUUGACUCGAGGCACAUUUACCCCGCCUUGGUUGAUCCUAGUUGUCAACGGACGGUUAAGUAGACCAGGUAUAUGUACUACCUUCUGAUCUUCGCCGAGGUACUUCAAGAAAAUUUUGACUGGAAAACUCUCGAUUCUAAAUAUUUGUCAACUUACCGUAAAUCGUUGCCAGUUAUCUACCUUAAAGCGAAUUAGAAAUUACCUAUCAAAAAUCCAACAUGGCAAACGCACCCGGGGAAUCCGACCUCCUCAAGCUAGGGAACAAGCUAUUGGAAGACGGCCCCGUGAAGACGCUCGCGACGCCCCGCCGCGUGCGGAUCCUGUUCAACGGCGCGUACGUGGCGGACACGACGAUGGCGCUGUUAGUCUGGGAGCACGAGUACUACCCGCAGUACUACGUGUCGGAGCUGUCGAUUCUGCAGCACCUUCGCGACCCGGAUUCCUGGGUCCCGGGCAGCCCUUACCAGUGCCGCACGGCGAUCCUGAGCGUGGGCGACCGAGCGACGGACCGCGUGCUCAUGUUCGGAUACUCGCUGCGCAACCCGGUGAGCCAGAUGCUGGCGGGCAUGGUGCGGGUGGAGUUCGGGGCCGCGGACGCGUGGUUCGAGGAGGACGUGCGCAUCUACGUGCACCCCAAGGACCCGUUCCGCCGCGUGGACGUGCUGCACUCGACGCGGGCGCUCGAGGUCCGCGUCCAGGGGCGGGUCGUCGCGCAGACGGGCUCCGCGUACCACCUGUACGAGACGGGGCUGCCGUGCAGGUACUACGUGCCGCCGACGGCGGUGAUCGCGCGGGACGGGGUGAGGCUGAGGGACAGCGGGACGACGACCGCGUGCCCGUACAAAGGCGUGGCGAACUACUACCAUGUCGAGGUGGAUGCCGGGGGAGAAGGAAGGGGAGGGAAGUUUGAGGAUUUGGUGUGGUAUUAUAAGACCCCGACGCUGGAGUGCGCGAGCAUUGCGGGGUGUUUGUGCUUCUACCACGAGAAGGAAGGGGUUGAGGUUAGGAUUGACGGGGAGCUGGUGCAGAGGCCGAAGACUCUUUGGUCGUGAAUGCUGCGAUCGACGCGAGUUGGGAUAUAUAUGUCUCGUGGACAAGUGUGGUUAGGGAUAGUUGGUAUAGGCGAUGGUAUGUUUGGGGUUUGUCGCAAAGGACUUUUCAAUGUCAAGGCAGGCGGUCAGUAUAAGAGGGUGAAAAAGAAAUUCAAAAGGUACAUUUUAUCAGCUUGUAUAAAAGGGAUGAUAUAUAUCAAACUAACGGGUUCAUUCAUUUCCAAUACGCUGUUAGUACGUUUUACUACCUCGAGAGAACUAAGUGCCUUAGCAGAGAAGAAUAAUAUAGCAUUAACCAGUACACCAUCGGCUUUCCAGAAUUAAAUGACAGGUAUUCCUAAGGCAGAUACCAACUCAGGAUAUUUUAAGGGUAUGACUAUAUUCCUAGUAUGUAUUAAUCUUCACAUGCUAUAGCAAUAUACUAGCAAGAAUUAAAAACUGCUCAAAAUACGACUUUAAACGAAGGCGG